AUGGAUUUAGUUCGUGAAACGUGGAAUAUAGCUCGAGAGGAUAUAGCUAGGGUUGGUGUUGUAGCAUUUUUAAGUCUGUUCGAGAAAUACCCCGAAACUCAGAAUAUAUUCCUACCAUUUCGUGGCCUGACUGUAGAUGAACUUCAACAUAGUGCCAGAUUGCGGGAACAUGGACUACGGGUGAUGUUAACUGUAGAAAAAUGUAUCGCCAGAUUGGAUAAACCAGAAAAAUUACAAGAUUUAUUACAUGAUUUAGGGCAGAAGCACGUGGAGUUUAACACAAAAGUGGAUUAUAUAGACAUGGUAGGACCUCAGUUUAUUCAAGCAAUCCGUCCAGUAGUCAAAUCCGACUGGACACCGGAAGUGGAGGACGCAUGGGAAGACUUUUUUAAAUUAUUGAUCUAUUUUAUGAAAGAAGCCAUGUGUUUUUAA